UCAUCACAUUUUUCAUCAGAAAACGGAUAACCAACUCCUCUAUGGAGAUUACGACAGCAACUAGUGUAGCAGCAGCUGCGCCACCGCCACAACCACCUCCACGGACAAUUCAUUCAACAAUCCAUCCAAAACUCCAAUUACCCAGACGAUUGCUUCGAACUCGCGCCCAAUUCUCUCAUUCGUCGCUUAAUUUUAUUGAACACAAGCCUCAGUUUCAUGGACCUUCAUCUUUCAUUUCAUUCCCUAAAAAAUCACUCAACACCACCACCACCGCCACUUUUUCGCUUCCUGAAGAAACCACCACUUCCGCAAAAAAGGCUGUUGUUGUCGACCCUUCUCUAGCAGUAAAGAAAAGAGCAGCAGAUAUUUCCUCAGAACUCAAAGGAACUUCAAUAUUUCUUGUGGGAUUGAGAAGUUCUAUCAAAACAAAUUUGGGAAAACUUCUUGCGGAUUCAUUACGAUAUUAUUAUUUUGACAGUGAUAGUUUAGUAGAGGAAGCUGCCGGCGGUGCAUCUGCUGCCAAAUCUUUUAGGGAGACUGAUGAGAAGGCAUUUCGCGAAUCUGAGACAGAAGUAUUGAAGCAGUUAUCAUCUAUGGGUCGGCUGGUGGUAUGCGCUGGAGACAGCGCAGUUCAAAGUUCCACUAACCUGGCACUUCUGAGACAUGGAAUUUCACUAUGGAUUGAUGUGCCGUUGGAUAUAGUCGCUAGGACAAUGAGCGAAGACCAGAACCAAUUCACUGAAUCUGAAAUAGCUUCUGAAUCUCAUUCACAGGUAUUAACUCAGUUAAUUGCUAAAUAUGAAGAAAUGAAAGGAGGAUAUGCAACAAGUGAUGCGACAAUUUCUCUGCAAAAAGUAGCCGGUAAAUUAGGCUAUGACGAGUUCGACUCAGUGACAAUAGAGGAUAUGACAUUGGAGGUUCUCAAGGAGUUAGAGAAACUGACAAGAGUCAAGAAGAUGUUGGAAGAAGCUGCAAGACCCUUUUAGCGAAGCAUAGCCAUGUUCUUGAUUACAUGUACUAAUUUUCAGGUGUUACCUUGCCAAAAUUUAAUGACAUAGUUGCUGCUCAUGAGCGAAGCUUGUGUCCCUUUUGAUUAUGCUUUGUAAGUAUAGUAAUAAAUCAUAAUUGUUUCUAUUGAAAAGAUGAGAUUUUAUCUUCAAUGAUCGAGUGAGUCCUCAAUUUGAUAA